AUGCUGCUUCGCGGUAACUGCACGCAGUGCGUAAGUGAUAAAGCAAGGGUCUGCCUGGCUACUGUGCUCGAGUACCUGGUUGCUGAGUUGGUGGAUGUGGCGUGUGGCGUAGCUGUCGACAAUGAGAGAGGACGAGGAGCUGAACCAGAUGGCAGCGAACAUGGCCACUCCUUAGUGUGGCGACCGAUUAGGUGGGCGCUGCUGGCCAUGAAGAUGGAAGAGUCAAUGGGCAUCAGGGAGUAUGCGGACUAA